AUGAGAGAAGUUAAUUUGAAAGAGUGCCUCAGGUCUGCAGACCUGAUCCAGUCAAGCGACCCUGAUUUCAGAGUUCUACAUGAUGGGUCAGUGUACACAGCCAGCUCUAUUGUGUUGUCUGAUGAGAAAAGAUCAUUCACCAUAAGGCUUUCUGACAUGAAGAAACAGAUCCAGAAAAAGAUUACUGUGCUCCUGGAACAUGUUCAAUCUGAUGCAGCACAGAACUAUACGGUCUUCUAUUCAAUAAGUGGGCGUGGAGUUGACCAAGAACCUUUAAAUUUGUUUUUCAUCGAAAAAGACACUGGAAAUCUGUUUUGUACUCGGGCUGUGGAUCGUGAAGAAUAUGAUGUUUUUGAUGUAGGAUUUCAGCCACCAUCUAUCUACAUGCUGGUGACUCCCAGAUUGGUAUUUCUGGCUAUGCUCUCUCCUGUUGUAGACAAGUACAAAUUGAUAAUGAAAGUGCAAGACAUGGAUGGUCAAUUUUUUGGAUUGAUUGGUACAUCAACUUGCCUUAUAACAGUAAAAGAUUCAAAUGACCAUGCACCUUCUUUCAGACAAAAUGCUUAUGAAGCAUCAGUGGAUGAAAAUGCCUUCAAUGUGGAAAUCUUACGAAUACCUAUUGAAGAUAAGGAUUUAAUUAACACUGCCAAUUGGAGAGCCAAUUUUACCAUUUUAAAGGGCAAUGAAAAUGGACAUUUCAAGAUCAGUACAGACAAAGACACAAAUGAAGGCAUACUGUGUGUUGUAAAGCCCCUGAAUUAUGAAGAAAACCAUCAAGUGGUCCUGGAAAUUGGAGUAAGCAAUGAAGCUCCGUUUACCAGAGAAGUUGCAUUCAGAAUGACAACUAUGAACAGAGCUUUGGUCACAGUUCAUGUGAGGGAUCAGGAUGAAGGGCCUGAAUGCAACCCUGCAGCCCAGUAUGUACGGGUUAAAGAAAAUUCAGCAAUGGGGUCAAAGGUCAAUGGCUAUAAGGCCUAUGACCCCGAAACUAAAAGUAGCAACGGUUUAAGGUACAAGAAAGUGCACGAUCCGGAAGGGUGGUUCACCAUUGAUGAAAAUUCGGGGUCCAUCCAAAUGUCCAAAGUUCUGGACAGGGAGGCCGCAGCCCCCAGAAAUGACUUCUAUAAUGUUACAGUCCUGGCACUAGACCAAGAUGGUAGAUCAUGCACUGGAACACUUGUAGUUAGCAUUGAAGAUGUGAAUGAUAAUGCACCAGCAAUACUUCAGAAUUAUCAAGUAAUCUGCAAACCAAAGAUGGAAUAUAUGGACAUUUCAGCUGUUGACCCUGAUGAACCUAUCCAUGGCGCACCAUUUUAUUUCACCUUGUCAAACACUUCUCGAGAAAUCAACAGAAUAUGGACCCUCACCAAAGUUAAUGAUACUGCUGCCCGUCUUUCAUAUCAGAAAAAUGCUGGGUUUCAAGAAUAUAAUAUUCCCAUUACUGUAAAAGAUAGAGCAGGCCAAUCUGCAACAAAAACCUUGAGAGUUAAUCUGUGUGACUGCACGCAUCCCAGCCAAUGUGUGCAGACUUCAAGGAGUGCAGGAGUAUCACUUGGAAAGUGGGCAAUCCUUGCAAUACUACUGGGUGUAGCAUUACUUUCUUCUAUACUGCUAACUUUAGUGUGUGGAGUUGUUGGUGCCAGAAAAAAAAAAGGUUUUCCCGAAGAUUUAGCACAGCAAAAUUUAAUUAUAUCAAACACAGAAGCACCUGGAGAUGAUAGGGUGUGUUCUGCCAAUGGAUUUAUGACCCAGACAAUCAACAACUCUGGCCAAGGCUUUUGUGGCACUAUGGGAUCGGUAAUAAAAAAUGGAGGGCAGGAAACAAUUGAAAUGAUGAAAGGAGGACACCAGACCUUGGAAUCAUGUCGAGGGCAUCAUCACACCCACACCCUGGAUUCCUGCAGGGGAGGACACGCGGAGAUGGACAACUCCAGAUACACUUACUCAGAAUGGCAUAAUUUCACACAACCCCGUCUUCAUGAA